GCCGAGCUUUCAUUGCCCUCGAUUCCGUCCUAUUUUUAGAUUUUUAUGCUUAUGUUUAGAUUAUGCUUUGCUGUCUCCCAUUGUCUUGUAGCUCUGGUGUGUGAUGAGAUGUUUAGAGUUGUUUUGCUGUGGGGCAAUGCCCCAUAGAUAAUGCAGGAGACAUUAAAAGGAGGAAUCAGACAGUCGAGCGAGAACUUCAUAAGCACCUCCGUUUGCUACAUUCUAUUAUACACUCAUCAUGGCUGCCGAACUGCCCGACAAUGUACCACCUCCGCCACGCAGUCUAGAGAUUAUCAUGGUGUGCAUAUCGGCGGUCGCGGUGCUGGUUGCAACCUGGAACCUCUUUCUGCCUUUGCAACCUUUCCUACGUCGAACGCAAACCACGAAAACCUACUUUGAUUAUGUAUAUUUAUUUUGUAUUGUGGGAAUAUGGCUCUAUUCCCUGUUCACCGUGGCUGUUUGUUUUAUGAUGGAUGAGGAGGGAAUGCGCACGCAUUGGAUUGUUAUGGUGUUUUACGAUUGGUCAUGGUACCUUUCAUCAGUGUUCUAUAUCUGGUUUAUCCUACGAAGAUUCCAACUGGUGUGGGCGGCAAUCCAGAGAGUGGAAACGUCCUUGACUGCACAGAAAUGGUGGAUCAGGAAUAUGGAAUGGCUUCCUGUGGGUAUAUGGUUUUGCACAGGGUUCCUCGUUGCAACAUCGAACACUAUUGCGGCUUUCUUUGCCCCACACGUACCGAACUGGUUGGCAACCUACAGGGACUCUAAAGGCGUUGUCUUGUCCUUCAGUUGGCAUUCUUGUGCUCAGGCGAUCGAUUUGGGUGUGUCCAUCUACUUGUUCCGAACACUGAACAAGGUAGCCGGAGGAAUCAAGCAAGACAUUCGGGGCAGAAUUCCUAAGACGGAUGCUGAUCUUGAAAUUAGUAUGGGCACCUCCGCUAGCAUGGGGCCAUCUACAACACUAGACUCUACGAGAAAGCAGUUCAGUCAGACGCCUUCCAAGGAGCCAUUGGCGCCCUCAAAGGGAUCAUCCCAAGAAGUGCUUGCCUUAUUACGGACGACUGGCAAGGGCAUGUUCAUUGCGGCCUUUCUCAGUCUGGGCGGAUCAUUAGUACACAUAUUAACCGAAUUUCUCCUUAACGACCCAAACAACAUCUAUUCGUAUCCGUAUCGAAUUAUAAGGCACUUUACGUGGACAGUCCCCGUAUAUCACGCCACGUUCUCGUGGAUGUACAUUCGAGCAGUGCGCGAGUUGAUGUCAAAGAUACAACGACGAUAGUUUUAAAUAGUGAGGAAUAGAACGAUAGAUGUAUGGGUCGCUUUCUGGAUUUCUUAAGAAAUUUUUCCCUCGUCGCCCCAGUUCUAUCGCCAGCAUUGUGAGUUUCAAGAGGCGGCAAUGGGUUGUGUAUAGGCAAUACAGCAUACGCACGGAAUCGUUAAUAGGACCUGGCUGCAUCAAAUCCGCAUUCGCAUUAGCAAGAAGAAUACAUUAAAUGUUUGGCUUGGUCUACACAUGAGGCC